GCCGCUCCAGGGGCCCGUCUAUGCCGGGGCCGGGGCUGCGGCGCUGCGGGCAGGCGGUGCCCCCUCCCCGGCCGGAGCGGCGCUGCCCCGGCGCCGGGCGAUGGAGCACACCUACGGGGAGGUGAACCAGUUGGGCGGUGUCUUCGUCAACGGGCGGCCGCUGCCGAACGCGGUGCGGCUGCGGAUCGUGGAGCUGGCGCAGCUCGGCAUCCGGCCCUGCGACAUCAGCCGCCAGCUCCGCGUCUCGCACGGCUGCGUCAGCAAGAUCCUGGCCCGUUACAACGAGACGGGCUCCAUCCUGCCCGGGGCCAUCGGCGGCAGCAAACCGAGGGUCACCACCCCGGCCGUGGUCAAGCACAUCCGCGACUACAAGCAAGGAGACCCCGGUAUCUUCGCCUGGGAGAUCCGGGACCGGCUGCUGGCGGACGGCGUCUGCGACAAGUACAACGUGCCCUCGGUCAGCUCCAUCAGCAGGAUCCUGCGCAACAAAAUCGGCAGCCUCUCGCAGCCCGGCCCCUUCGAGGGCAGCAAACAGCCGCCCCCCCAGCCCGCCCUGCCUUACAGCCCCAUCUACCAGUACCCAUACCCCGGCCCCAUGGCCUCGACGGCCGCCAAGGUGGGGGCUCACCCCGGCGCUCCCCACGUCGGGCUGCCCCGCUCCUGGCCCUCGGCGCACUCCGUCACCAACAUCCUGGGCAUCCGCACCUUCGUGGAGCAGACUGGGGCUCUGGCUGGCACAGAAGGGUCUGCCUAUCCCCCCAAAAUGGAAGACUGGCCCAGCGUGAACAGGACGGCGUUUCCCCCGGGCCAGGCAGUCAACGGCAUCGACAAGGCUGCCAUGGAGGGAGAUAUCAAAUACCCGCAGCCGGCCCCGGGGCUGUCGUCGGUGGGCAGCUUCCUCCCAGCCUGCGCUUACCCCCCGUCCAACCAACACGGCGUCUACGGCGGCCCACCCGGCGGCUACAUCCCCCCGGGGCACCCCUGGCAGCCGCAGGGCAGCCCCUUGGCUCACCACGGCCCCGGCGUGGCUGCCCACGGCCCCGACCUGGCCACGGCGAUGGCGUUCAAGCAGCACGGGAGGGAAGUGGUGGACAGAAAACCUGCCAGCCCCGUGGGGAAAUCUCCAGACUCUCUAAAUACCAUCCAUGGACUCUCUAUCCCGGCCUCUUCUUCCUAGAGCCACCGAGCAGCAGGCUGGAGACAGUGACUCUUGGAAUAAGCACCUGCAAACUGCAACAGAAGCCUGGAGUGCCAUUGAACUGUGCCCAAAGUGCCAUUGAACUGUGCCCAAAGUGCCAUUGAACUGUGCCCAAAGUGCCAUCGAACUGUGCCCAAAGUGCCAUCGAACUGUGCCCAAAGUGCCAUCGAACUGUGCCCAAAGUGCCACCACCUCCAGAAGGUGCCUGUGGGGAUGAGGACAUAGCCCGUGUGCUGAGGGGUGACAUCCUCCCACGGCAAUUCCCAGUGCAGGGAAGCACAGUUGGGAUGUUUGCUCAUGCUGGCUGGACACUUUACCUCAGAAAGGGGUGACAGAGGAGACUCAAGCUUCCUUAUUUGUAUUGUUUCCCCUCCCUUGCUUUCAGUUUUUCUUUCUCCUUCCCGUGUCUCUGAAGACUUGGAUGCAGGGCAGCAAACGCCUCCAUGCCAAGACAUUGCCGGGAGCAUCCCGGCUCCGUCACAGGCCAAGGGAACAUGCUUCCUCCAAGGAAUGGUUUCUGGCUUCCCCAGCUGUGUGAUGGAGCCCUCUCCAUUGGAGCCCCCAGUGCCCCUGCCCCGGGGUGGACAUGGACAAAUGUGCCACGAUGGUGCGUGAUCUAUUUUUAUAUCAAGCCAUAAUAAAAGUGA